AUGCCAACCCUUUUGAUUAUCGGGGCCGGCUCCAGAGUCGGCCAGGCAACAGCAGAAGCUUUCGCUAAUGUGGGAUAUAAAGUCGCUGUUGCCUCGCGAACAGCAAGACUUGAUCCCAAAUUCAAGCAUUUUGUUUUUGACGCAACGAAGCCGGAGACCGUGCCGGGUCUAUUCAAAGAGGUUCGAAAAAUUGUUGGCAUACCCAGUGUGGUGAUUUACAAUGCUUAUGCAGCUCAUAUCACAAAACCGGAAGAUCCGUUCGAAACACCAAUAGAUCAGUUCCACAGUAGCAUGAACGUCAACACUACUAGUCCUUGGGUCGCCGCUGGCGAAUCUGUGAAAGGUUUCGAGGACCUGGGUACCGAGGGCCUAGGAGCCGAAGGCGGGACGUUUAUCUAUACUGGAAACAUACUCAAUAUCACUGUGUCUCCUGGUUUCUCGACUUUUGGAAUGGGCAAAAUUGCAACUUCGCAUUUGAUUCAGCACCUCGCUCUGGUGUCUUACCUUGACAAGCCAUACAAGUUCUACUGGGGUGAUCAGCGACUCUCAGAUGGCCAACCUUUAGCAACGGGUCUAAGUGGUCCUGCUCACGCGGAGCUGUAUUUGGAAUUGGCGAAGGAUCCAAAGCAAAGAGCUUGGAUGCAGACUUUCGUCAAGGGACAAGGAUAUGUUGUGUUUCCACGCCAAGAGAGCUGGUACCCGAGUUCUUGA